AUGUUGAUUAAGUCGAGUACAUGAAGCGGGCAAGCGACAGAUGUAGACGUGCGUCUAGUAGCUCCUAGUUGGGUAGCACGCGGAGGUUCUGCCACUCUACGAUGCUUACACCAAGUGCCACCUCAACUACUAUACAAAGUAGAGUUCCUGAGGUCCGAGGCGAAGUUGCUUCAAUAUGUCCGGGAGAGGGUUCCACCGUUCACCAAUUACACUUUCCACGGAGGAAAACUUAAUAUGUCACUAGCUACAGAGAACUCUAUUACCAUAGACAGCCUGGACCCGUCUGCCACAGGCGUGUAUUGGUGUGAGGUGUCCUUAGAGACACCUAUCUUCACGGCAGCCUCCCCCCCUCACCAACUGACAGUCGUAUGUGAGUAUAAAUAUGAUUUACAUUGUAUUGUGCACACAACGAAUACGGAAUGUAUCCAUUUAGAUGAAUAA